CUCUCAUAUAAGUGCACCCCGCAAGCUCCCGUUAACGACGACACUGGCCUCCCUCCUUUCCCCAGCUACAACUCGACUCCAGCUGACGUCUUUUCCCUCUUAAAGGCCGUGAGCUCUCCAGGGUCUCUCCAAAGACCGCCCGCCAUAAUGUCUGUCGCGGGGGGCAUAUGGGCUCCAGCAGCCCUACGCCUCCUCCGCGUCGGCUUCACCAAAACCACAAAGGUAAUACGAGCCAAACUCGCCAAUGCUACCCGUCCUGCCGUCCAGGCGGAAUUCGCCCAUAUUCCCAUCCGCACGACCGGCCGACAGCCUAUCCACCCAUCUGCUCUCCUCCGACAGAAACGAGCGGGACGCUGGUACUCGACCCAGGGCGUUCAGAACACCGUCCGCCGAUGGAUCUCCACGAGCGGCUCCAGCACCUCCGGUAAUGCGAGCGGCAGCGCACGCUUCAGCCGAGCAUCUUUCCCAACUUCCAACACAGCCCGAUGUGUAGGAAAAGCAACUGGACGUGCCCCCUUCGCGAGUACGCUCCGACCGAACCUCACCGGCGGUGCUAUCGCUCGCACCCAAGGCGGUUACACCCUUGGCGGCGGCGGUGGGGUCCGCUACUUCUCUCACACCCCGGCCGCGCCGGCGCAAGUGAUCCAAAAUGUCUCGGUCGCAAUGCGCGCCUUCUGUCUCUCGGGCCAGAAGGUCAGAUACGAUGGUCUCAAUGGCCGUGGUGACAAGCGCUACCGUGCCGUCUCGGAACUUGAGCAGGCUGCGUACGUCAAGAUGAUGGGCGCUUCUGCCCGCGGGAGCCCCGGCUCCUUCGUCGACUUCCACAUCAGCCCCACCGUUACAGCUCUUAGCCCCCUGGCCGCGGCCGCCGCUGCGGGCUUUACCUCCGCUAAUGUCGAGGCCCCCGCCGCCACACUCAACGAGGACGGCUUCUUGGACGUCUUGUCGAUUGACUUUGCUCGGGCGCUCAAGGACCUUGCUGUCAUCUUUGCGGAUUUGAAGAGGCUCGCUGUCUUGGGCGAUCUGCCCAUCACUAUGGAGAAGGGAAGUGUCCUACGGGUGCGAUUCCCUGGGGUUGACGCCGAGACUGUUGAGCGGUUAUGCGAUGACGCCGGCGUUCAACGUGGUAUUGUGGGUCAAGAGGCCGAUUUCGACGCCGGCAUUGGUGCGCCGAUGGCCCUCCACUUUCCUUAUGCUCCUGGUGACGAUGCGAAAACCAUCACAUCGCCCGGUGGCUCUGUACGAUCACUCUCCGGCAUUGAUGUUGACUUGGACGAGGCGUUCAUGGAUGAGAUGGAAGAACAAUCCUGGAUGUCUGACCCCGAGGGGUACGAGAGCAUGAUGCCCACUUCAAAGACAAGCGAACAGUGCUCGGAUGAGUAUGAGGGCUUGGAGGGCAUUUACAGAUUUCUCGAGGAGUGUGACCGCAACAAGGACCGUUUCUAAAGACUCCGUGUCCUAGUUUUGCGAAGGGUUGAUGGUACAGACUGGUUUCUGGUUUUUGGGGUUUGGGCCAUGUGAGGAUCUACACUCUUUGUACAACAACACUAGCCACGAUGUGUGGCCGAGUGUGAGCAAUAUUUUCUAUCUCAAGCACAACUGCAGUUUAGUAAGACAGAAAGUUUUCAGGGUUUCAUUG